AACUUGCUUGACCAUGCUGUAGGUCAUGUAACGCUUAUGCAGUUUGGAGUCCACGGGGGUGCAAAAUGAGUGCGCCCAUGAGAUGAGAAAGAAAACUAGGGAAUGGUCAACAUGUACUUCUUCACAAUCUAAAGGGUGAUGACAGAUACCGACUAUGGACCUAGAAGAGAUCACUUUUUCUGGCUGGACUGCAAUUGAGGAGAAGACGCUCCAUGCAGGCGAGAAGCCCGAAGACGAGAAAGUUUACACCAUGUACCAUGGCACGUUUCUCAAGUAUGUCCAGCGUAUUAUCACCAGUGGGUUCCAACGCUCCAGCGAUGGAAUGUUGGGAUCGGGGGUCUACGUGAGCCGUAAUAUCGACAAAGCAAAGUGUUACCCGCUGAAUGCUGACAAGAAAGAAGCCGUAGUGUUGAAGUUAAAGGUGCGGGUCGGCAAGGUGAAGAAGAUCGACAUUGAUAACCAUCCGCUUCAGAAGUCAUGGCACCAGAAUGGUUACGACAGUUGCUGGGUGCCACCAAACUGUGGCUUUACCGCUAUUAAAUCUGGCCGAGAAGAGGAUUGCGUCUGGGAUCCCGCCCGGAUUGUGGUGGUGGAUGUGGCCUGCUGUCUGGACGAUAAAACGCGCUGGGACCUCCGAAAGCAAAUACGCGGCAUGAAUAACCAUGGCGCAAAAGACGGGUGCAGCCAGUGCCACCAGAAUACCUCAAACACUGGGUCUCACCCUAUCCAAAGCUGUUGGACAUGCACCAAACAGAUUUGCCCCUUUCAGAAGAAGCAUAUGUGCAACAAGUAACAAGGCUACUUGCACAAACAACUAGUCCUACUUUGCGUGGCCUGUCUCGCUUUUGACCCAUCACCCAAUGUGACCUUGCAUACCAUUUAAAAUUAAGCUUGUUGUCGAUGUCAUGUUUUAAUGUAUUUUGUGUAAUCAUUGCAACCUAAUUGUAUUGGGAUCGAUUUUGUUAACGGACUUGCCUGGUUAAAUAAAGUUUCAAUUGUA